AUGCCGAGGCGGUGUUUGCUUUUCAUUUCCUUGAACAGCUGCCUCACGGUCGUUGUCCCGUAUAUCAAUGUGGCUGCAGCUGGAACUGGAGAUCAGCAGGAGCAACAGCAACAGGAGCAGCAGCAGCCGGCGGCAGCAGUUGACGCCGCCAAAAUAGAGAACCUAGCAACUGUACAGAAGGCCAGUCCCGCCGUGGGACUGCGCUUAAUGGGCAUCCUGCCGUGUGCAUUGCAGUGGCAGUCAUCGCAGACAGCAGCAGCCCCAGGCAAGGCGCCUAAAAUGGACUACUUGGGCACAGCGCGAUCCAGUAGCAGUCCCUAUGUGCUGCCAACCAUCAGCAGUUGCUGCACCAACAGCGCGAAUCCGCCAGCUCCAGCAACUAGUUGCUGUCAGGAUUGUCGCUGUUGUAGACAGAGCUAUGAGCAUUUGCCCGUGCCACGUAUGCAGCAGCCGCCACAGGUGAUCGCUGCCAUGCAGCAGCACCAGGCAUCUCAACAGGCAGGACAUCAGCAUCAGCAUCAGCAUCAACUGCAGCACCAGCAGCAGCAUCAACAUCAGCUGCAACACCAGCAGCCUCCUCCGCAACAGCAGCCAGCGCAGAGCAGCUGCAUCACAACGCUGCAACAGACUACAACAACACAGCAGAUGCAGCCGUUGUCCUGCCUGGAAGCAGCUGCGACGCCUGCGCAGCAGCACGCAACCACGUCAACAACUUAUUUGAACAAUCCGCCACCUGCAACAGCCUCACAUUGUCACAUCAGCUGCAACAGACACAACAGCAAUUACAAUGCUUUUAGCCUACCCAAUGGUUGCAACGACAACAACAUUAAUCCGCCAACGCCUGCCUUCGCAAACAACAGCUACAAUAAUGCACCCCCUAUGAUUUUUGUGCCCUUCAGUGUGCCCGUGCCACAUCAACAACAGCAACAACAACAGCCGCUGCAAUAUGCACCACAGCAGCUACAUUCCUUGCCUGCUGUAAAAAACUCAAUGCCGCCAUUGGGCCAGACCCCAGCACCACCACCACCGCAGCCGCCGCCGCUGGUGCUGCCGCUUGCAUUUCAUUGCCCUUAUCCGCCUCCAGUUCCGGCAUUGUCGUCGUUGCCACAGCCGCCAAUAUCCGGCCCGCUGCCCCCAAGAGCACCACCAACACCGCCGCCCCGCAUUGUGUUGCCGCUCAAAGCGGUCGCAGCAGCUGCCAUUAGAGCGCAUCAGAAGAACGGCAAAUUGCCCCGCAACCUGCCCGCAUUGCGUGCCAUGGAGAUGGCCCUGCGCACCAACUCGUUUGCCACAACUGGAGGCGUCAUACAGCCCAUGGAGGAGGCCGACAAUAGCGACUCGGAAAUGGAGUACAUGAUACCGUUACACAGUGAGUAG